CAACUUUAUUUCAUGUGUUUUUGGAUGAAAAGAGGUUAGUGGUGAAAUUUGAUUAUUGUGAUUAACCCCGUCCCCAGAUCAGAUUGCUGUUUUUAUAUCCACAAACAACAGAGGAACUUUGAGCAGAGGGGUCUAGUCUCAGGUCUGCUGGGUCUGUCCAUCGACAUUAAUACCGUAUAUAGUUUAUACUGGGUCUGUCGUAGCCAGUUUGCAGACGACGUCUUUGAUGCGUGUAUUGUCGCGAGAUUCCGCGAAGUUUCCGGUGUUGUGUGUACUGUAUGUUCCUGGAGACAUGGCGGCCAGCUUCCGCGGCCGUCCUAUACGGAGUCUUCGGAUGCGAGGUCGGAAUGACAGCGGGGAGGAGAACGUACCGCUGGAUCUAAGCAGAGAACCAUCAGAAAACUUCCGUGAAAUUCUCCAAAAUGUGGCCAAACCUCAUGGAGUCAGUAACAUGCGAAAACUGGGCCACCUGAACAACUUCAUUAAGCUGCUUUGCAGCAUUGGACAUCGAGAGGAAAACUUUGGGUUUACGUAUGAAGAAAUUAUCAUUUGUCUGCGGCUAGCUCUACUAAAUGAGGCCAAGGAAGUGCGUGCUGCAGGUUUGCGUGCGCUCCGCUACCUUAUUAGAGACACCAUUGUGUUGCAGAAGGUCCUCAGACUGCAGGUGGAUUAUUUGAUAGCCAGAUGCAUUGACAUCCAGCAAAGUAAUGAGGGGGAGAGAACUCAGGCUUUGCGACUGGUUCGAAAGAUAAUAACCGUCAAUGCAACGCUGUUCCCCACCUCUGUUGCAAAUUCUCUCAUUGCUGUGGGGACGGAUGGACAGCAGGAGAGGGACCGCAUGGUUCGAGCGGCAAUCGCCAUCGUAUGUGAACUAGCCCUGAAGAACCCAGAAGUGGUGGCCAAACGAGGAGGUCUCAGCACAAUUUUAAAGAGCGUGCUUGACUGUCAGCUCAGUCGCAUCAACGAAGCACUGAUCACCACCGUCCUCCAUCUACUCAACCACCCACGUACUCGCCAGUACGUGCGUGUGGACGUCGAGCUCGAGCAAAUCCUUGCACCUUUCACUGAUUUUCACUAUCGUCACAAUGCAGACACAGCUGAAGGGCAGCUAAAAGAAGACAGAGAAUCCCGUUUCUUGUCGAGCAGAAUGGCAAUUGUCGCUGCCUUUCGUUCCUGGUCUGGGAUUAUCAACCUGUGCAAAGCUGAAAACUCUGGAAUCCAGUCAUUAAUCGGGUUACUUUGCAUACCAAACAUGGAAGUUAGGAAAGGCUUGUUGGAAGUGUUAUAUGAGAUAUUCAGGCUCCCUGUUCCCAUUAUUACGCAAGACUUCACAGAGGCUCUUCAGAGUGUUGAUCCCUCCAGGUUUCAGGACACCUGGAGACUGGCUGAUGGGUUUAUCGCUGCUGAAGCUAAAGUCAUCCUGCCCCAUCGGGCCCGCUCUAGGCCCGACCUGAUGGACAACUACCUGGCAUUUGUUCUUUCUGCCUUCAUCACCAGUGGGCUGUUAGAAGGUCUUGUGGAGGUUGUGACCAGCAGCGACGACCAGCUUGCUGUCAGAGCCACCAUACUCCUGGGAGAGCUUUUACACAUGGCAAACACAAUUCUUCCUCAUUCCCAUAGCCACCACCUGCACUGUCUUCCUACCCUCAUCAACAUGGCCGCCUCGUUCGACAUCCCCCAAGAGAAAAGACUCCGUGCGAGUGCUGCGGUGAACAAUCUGAAGCGUUUCCACGAGAAGAAGAAGAGAGGUUCGAAGCCACACAGCCUCUACUUAGACCACAUCAUCCGCAAAUCUGUGUCAUCACCCAACCGCAGAGACUCACACUCGCGCAGCCAAAGGGACAUCUACGUCAUAAAGGACACAGAAGAAACACUGAUGAUGAACCUGAGAGAUAGUCAGAUUCUCAACCACAAGCAGAACUUGGAGUGGAACUGGCUGCUCAUCGCCACCAUCCUUAAGUGGCCAAAUGUAAACCUCAGGAACAACAAAGAUGAGCAGAUGCACAGGUUUGUUCGGAGGCUGCUGUACUUUUAUAAGCCCAGUAGUAAACUGUACGCAGGACUGGCUCUGGAUCAUGCCAAAGCCAGGCAGCUCACCGUGGUGGGGUGCCAGUUCAUGGAGUUCCUCAUGGACUCGGAUGAGGACGGUCAGGGCUAUCUGGAGGACCUAGUGAGAGACAUGGUUUCCUGGCUGGCCUCGUCUUCAGGUCUGAAGCCUGAGCGCUGUCUGCAGAGCAACGGCCUGCUCACCACACUCAGCCAGCACUACUUCCUCUUCCUGGGGACACUUUCUGCACACCCACAGGGAGCCAAACUGCUCGAGAAAUGUGGCCUGUUCCAAUGCCUGCUGAACUUGUGCUCAGUAAAAAACCAGGACGCUGUUCUGAAACUUGCCGUUUCCACACUGGACUACAGCAGGGAUGGCUUGGCCAGGGUGAUUCUGUCUAAGGUCCUCACUGCUGCCACUGAUACAUGCAGGCUGAACGCUACCAAGCACCUCCGUGUGCUGUUGCGGGCCAGCGUGGAGUUCUUCAGCAGCUGGGGCAUGGAGCUCCUGGUCACACAGCUUCAUGACCACAGCAAGGCUGUGUCCAUGGAGGCCCUGGACAUACUGGAUGAGGCCUGUGAAGACAAGGCCAACCUUCAUGCUCUGAUCCAACUGAAACCAGCUGUUUCCCACCUGGGGGACAAAGGUCUCUUGCUGCUCCUCAGGUUCCUGUCCAUUCCUAAAGGUUUCUCCUACCUCAACGAGAGGGGCUACGUCAGCAAACAGCUGGAUAAAUGGCACAAGGAAUACAACCUUAAAUAUGUGGAUCUGAUAGAAGAGCAGCUAAACGAAGCGCUAACGACAUACCGUAAACCCAUCGAUGGAGACAACUAUGUCAGACGCAGCAACCAAAGGUUACAACGACCAAACGUCUAUCUCCCUGUGCACUUGUACGGUCAGCUGGUCCACGAUAAGACGGGCUGUCAUCUGUUGGAGGCUCAGAAUGUAGUCCCAGACCUCAGUUACACGAUUCGCUCCCCGAUGCUGGACACCUGGGAGGGUAUUAAACAGCUGAAGGCUGCUCUCUGGGCUCUGGGCAACAUUGGUUCUUCAAACUGGGGUCUGAAUCUCCUGCAGGAGGAGAAUGUCAUUCCUGACAUCCUCACUUUGGCUCAGCACUGCGAGGUGCUGUCCGUGCGCGGAACCUGUAUUUAUGUUCUCGGAGUGAUUUCCAAGACUAAGCAGGGCUGUGAGGUUCUAAAGCAGUACGGCUGGGACGCAGUCCGACACAGUCGCCGGACGCUGUGGCCUGUCACGCCCGACGAGGUAGACACACAGCUGACCUCUGAGCUCUCUUCGGUACCAAGCACGCUCAGUCUGAACUCGGAAUCCACCAGCUCUCGCCACAACAGUGAGAGUGAGUCCCAACCAAACAUGUACAUCCUGGAGGAUGAUAAGUGUGAUGUUCUGGACUCGUCAGACGACCCUUGUUUCUACUCUAAAGCAGUCAAAGACCGCAGCCCCUUCACGAUCCUGACUUCAACACGCAUCGUUCGCUCUCGCUUCCUUAACUCCCUGCCCUUUCCCAGCAAGAAACUCCGCUCUACUAGUGAUCCUAAGACUUUAUCAGGUUCUCGCAUGCCUACUGAGCUCAAGACGGAUAGCUUGAGACGAAAUAGGACUGUGACGGAGCCUUCUGUCUUCAGCCCAAACCAGGGGGACGUCUUCACCUCGGUGUUUAAUGGAAGAGGAUUGCCAAAGAGUCCAACUGUUAGCCUAGAGACAUCCUUUGUUGGGACAAGGGGGGGCUCAGAGGAACACCUUGUGGAUGGCAGGCUGAUGAGGAGUGGAGGCUCGGGUCUAGGACUCAGCAGCUUGAGCGGGCCUGGGGUGGUGGAGCCCCACAGCCGGGAGCGUCUAGCAGGAGACGGUGGUUCUUCUUCUAGUGGAGGCAAUGUGGGAGGGGGUGGUGGGGGCACUCAGUUUAAAAGCCGCAGUCAGAGCUUUAAUACGGACACCACGACCAGCGGCAUCAGCUCAAUGAGUUCCAGCCCUUCCCGGGAGACUGUUGGGAACCCGGAGCAGCCCGAACCGGACUCUUCCGACUGUGUGAGCCUCAACACCGUCGUGUCUGCCAAAACUGUCAAAACCCUCUCUUCCCUGAGCCCCCAAGCUCAAACUAACCACAUGUCCACCUCUAAGUCCUCCAACGUCUCUCUGGUACCACCUGGGUCCUCGCACACUCUGCCCCGCCGGGCCCAGUCUCUCAAGUCCCCCUCAGUGACCACCAUCAAAAGCCUGGCUGACUGCACCUUCAUCUACACGAGCCCGAGAGAUGCUCUGGGUUACGCCACGCUGAAGAGGUUGCAGCAGCAGAGGAUACACCCGUCUCUGUCCCACAGCGAAGCGCUGGCUUCACCUGCCAAAGAUGUGCUGUUCACAGACACAAUCACCAUGAAGACCGGUAGCCUGGACUCCAGAUUAACCCCUCGCAGGUUUCUGAAAGCUCUCAGCUUUGCCUCGCUGGAUAAAGAGGAACUCCUCAGCCCCAUCAACCAGAGCACUCUGCAGCGCUGCUCGUCAGUGCGCUCCGUGGUCCCCAGCGCCACCUUUGGCUGUAACGACGACUACAUUGGCCUGGCGCUGCCGAUGAACAUCAACGAUAUGUUUCACAUCCGAGAAUCUACCUACUUCCAGCAGAGGAUCAGCCCACCAUCAGAGGAACGGAAACGCUUCCUGUUUGGUGAUGGAGAUGGGGAUCGACCCACUGUCCCAUUACUGAAGCAACAGUUUAGCAUCUCUGAGCUGAUCGUGUGCCGAGGUGACACUCCUAACCACAUGGUGGGCUCGGAGGAGACGGGCCUGCAGGAUCACACUGAGGAAAACUGCCUCUACUGUGUGGGAGCCAUUGUCCUCGGAUACCCCACAAAGCCACAGAUCAACAGCACACACCCUCGAGAUUAUGUGGAUUUUCCUUCAUGGGGAGGCCAGAGCGGGCAUCGGUUGGAGGUGAUGCCUCAGUCCAAGUUCUCUGGGGUGUCGGGCUGCAGCGACGCUGCCGUCUCACAAGGGUCCAUCUCCAGCACGCCCACACCUGGAGACAUCGUCAUUGGUGGAAAGGCAAUAUCUGAGGAUGGCCCCGCCUCUCGAGUCUUGCUGAGGAAGGAGAUUCUCCGACUCAUCAUCAAUCUCAGCUCUUCUGUAGGAACCAAAGGCCACGAAACAGGACUACUGACGAUAAAAGAGAAGUUUCCAUAUGCGUUUGAUGACAUCUGCCUGUAUUCUGAGGUUGCUCACCUCUUGGCCCACUGUAUGUUUCGUCUGACCUCACGGCGCUUCAUACAAGAGCUCUUCCAGGAUGUGCAAUUUAUGCCGAUGUAUGAAGAAGCAGAGGCAAUACUAACAAAGCUACCAAAACCUGUCGUUGAGGACGUUGACCCCCCAGCAGACUGCUGAUCAUCCCCAUCUGCCCCCCACACCCGCCCACCCUGUGUUCUGUGCACAGCUGCAGCUCCUUGCAAACCAACAGGAAGAACACAAACUGAGGAUCUAAGGAAGAGGACACACGUCGGACACGUUCCUGUUGCGUAAAGCAGAAUUGGAGGAACAGGAGAUCGGUCAAUGUUCUUCUAGCUAAUCUGAACCGGAAACAAAAGACGUCCGCAUCUGCAAACAAAUACAGAUGAUGCUGCUUCAGACUUUUUAAAACAUACAAAAAGAGGAAAAUCAGUUUAGCCAAAUGCUGUUUUCACAUGAGGUUAGCAAUCCGACGCAUCACUAGAGGACGAGCCCAGUCACUGAGACAGUUGCUCACGUUAUUUUUAAAGAAAGUUGUAUCAUGUUAUUUUACAGAUUAGGUGUAAUGAAAUGAAUGAGGCAUGUGAGGUCUGACCAGUGAUUCCUCAAACUUUACUCUUUUCUUCAACACAACACUACAGAGGGGUCCUGCUGUUUGAACUCCUAACUGGAGCUUUUGUGGCUCCACCCCCACCUGGACUCUGAUCUAUUUUAACUAGAUAAUGUUGCUUUUUGCUUCUCUCCACUCACAACCUCCUACAACCUUUAGCCUCUCAUCAACUGAGGCAGCUCUUCAUCUGACUCUUUCUUGUAUCACAGACAAUCAAACAUGACUAUUAUUGUAUUUUCUAAAGCAUUAUAUUCUACCACCUUUACGCACUAGAUAAGGAGAAAAGCAUGUAAUUUAAUGCUAGUUUAUUCCAUCUUUUACUUGCUUUGACCUUUAAAUGUUUUCCCUCAGCCACUGCAUUUCUAACACGCUUCAUGAAGGAGGUCUUUUGAAACAUGUGUAAGUUAUUUGUUAGAAUGGUUGAUUUACAUUUCAAGCUCCAAACUGCAACACCGACGUUUUGAAAAACCUUCCGAAUCCUGGCAUCUUACCGUCACAGCACCUUUCUGACCUCCGUGCUUCACCUUUACCGCAUGUUCACAAGCAUGGCAAAGUUGUGACACCACCUUAACUUGUUUCCAGCUUAUAAAACCGUUUUUAAAAAAUAGGUUUCCAUCACAUGCUGCCGUACAUUGCAGGAAUACAAUUACCCCAGGAUCUGUUUCCACAAUGCAAUAUCACCAUCUGUCAGUAGGUGAGGAGGAGGGGUGCAGUAAAGUGUGAUGACUAAAAGAAUUGAAAAAAGGUUUCCAUGGAAACAGAGUUCUGUUUCCAUUGGCUUGUUUUUUGCUCUAAUGCUGCUACACAAAUGGACUCAUAGAGAGAAAGAUGAUUCAUAGAUCCGCUGAGUGAUGUCAGAUCUGAUCUAUUUAUUAUAUGUCUGUACCAUAGUGAGCUCAACCAGAGAAGAAGAAAAAGUUAUUUAUAUUUUUUCCUCAAGACUGUAUUAUAAUUUAAUUUUUCUUUUUUGUUUUGCCUGAAUUGUGAUUUCCCUUGUAUAAUGUGUACAGUAUGUUCUGGGGGCAUUGAUGACCUGAAGAAACAUACGAUCCUAUCAAAGGGAUGCAUUGUUAAUAAAAAAAUUAAACACCA